AAAUGUAAAACUAAGACAAUUAUUUAUGUUUUUCUACGUAUUUUAUUGAAACUAUGCAAAAAAUUAUCCUCCUAUUAUUGAUUUGUUUCUUUCUUUACAUUGAAAGAAUCUAUGCUUCUGUUCGUACUAUACAUCAUUAUUUUCCCAAAGUAAUACUUAUUUCUCUCGAUGGAUUUCGUUAUGAUUACUUUGAUAUGGCUGAGGAAAGAAGUGUAAACAUGUCAGCAUUUAAAAAGAUUAAAAAUCGAGGAGUUUACGUAAAACGUAUACAAAAUGAAUUCCCUACUUUAACAUUCCCAUCACAUUUUUCAAUGGUAACAGGCAUGCACCCUGAAAGUCAUGGAAUAGUAGAUAAUGUGUUUUAUGAUCCAACUAAUAAUGCAACAUUUUCAUCAAGAAAUCAGUCUACAGCAUCGGAUUCUAGAUUCUAUGAUGUUGGAGCUGAACCGAUUUGGGUAACGAACCAGUUUCAUGGUCAUAAAAGUGGAGUGACUUUCUGGAUUGGAAGUGAGGCGAAAAUCAAAGGUCAGAGACCAACUCAUUAUCUAGCACCCUACAAUGAAAACAUUACAUUCAAUCAGCGAAUUGAUAUUUUGAUGGGUUGGUUUGAACAUGAAAAUAUUAACCUCGGUCUUAUGUAUUAUCAUCAACCUGAUAGAGCAGGACAUAUUUAUGGAGCGGCAAGUGACGAGGUUUUCAAAGCUAUUGAGGAGAUAAACCAUGGACUAGAUUAUCUCUUGACAUCGAUGGAAACGCGACCAUCACUUAGUUGCUGCCUCAAUCUCAUUUUAUCAAGUGAUCAUGGAAUGACGAACGUCAGUUCAGACAGAGUUAUAUAUCUUCAUGAUUACAUACACCCGAAUGAGUAUACAUCUGCUCCUAAGAAGUCAGCGGAAAUCUGGACUCUUUGGCCAAGACAAGGACAUACUGCGCUAUCAUUAUAUAACAAAUUGAAAGACCGACACCUCAGAUUAAAUGUUUAUUUGAAGGAGGAACUACCAACACGUUUAUUUUAUGAUUCGAGUGAUCGAGUUGGUCCUGUUGUUGUAUAUGCAGACAUUGGAUGGACGAUUAUCGCUGACAGAAAUUCUGGGGUAACAUUGAAUAAAAGCACAGGUACAUUGAAGUCAUCACCUUUCUAUUAUGUUUUGGAAACGUAUCUUGAUUUGCAAUUCAAAACUAGAUACUUCAUUUUUAUACUGAACUUCUCAUUACACUGAAAUAUUAGAAUUCCCUUUCCAUUUGAUCACUUCAUAAUAAACUAUAAUUGUGAUUUGAUUGAUCCCAAUAAAAACACCAAUAUAUGAACGAAGAACAUUGUUUACAGUAAUUUCUCACCAGGUUUUAUAAUCAUAUAUCCAAAUUAAUAAUCAAAAAAAAAUAAAGGUUCUCAUGGUUAUGAUCCAGAUUACAAAGAUAUGUCUCCAUUUCUAAUGGCAACGGGACCUCAUAUAUCUAUAAAUCAAACAACAGAAUUAGAAGAAACAGUCAGACUGAUUGAUAUUUACUCACUGAUUUGUCUUAUACUUAAGUUGAAACCUGCUCCUAAUAAUGGCAGUGUUUGUCGAAUUGCCCGAUUGGUAAUUCAUAUUUAUGGAUUCUCAUCAGAUGCUAACGUGCGCGGUAAUGUUGCAGCAUCGCUUGAAAAGAAAUACUAACCACCAUUGAUGGAAUGACGUUGAAAUAUCAAGGAUAUAUGGUGAAGCAAAUCUACGGACCAAGCUAACUAUGUAUGUAUGUAUAACUCUAUAUAUAGAGGGAUGAUCUGUCGAAGUUAGAUAUAGUAAAUGUAUGUAGGGCGGAAGUUACAGAUAGGUCGUAACAGAUUAAAUGGGUUUCAUAGUAACUACAUAUUCUUUCCCUUAUGAGUACUGAAUUCCUUCUGUGUUUGUUAUUUUGUCUCUGUGUUGCUAUAUCUAAUCAAUCAAUGUGAAGCUCUUUCUGCUCUUAUUAACAUCCUUACCUACUUUCUAUGUAAUUUUAUACUACUUAUAAAU